CCGUCGCUGUCUCGUGCGACUGCGCGGUGUGUUUCCUCGGCGUUACUCCUUCCCCGAGCGUGUGUCCCUCUUCCCUGCCGAAUAAAUGCGCUCUCUACGCGCACGUAGAGCGAGGUGAACGCUACUCCGCGCAGCGCCUUGCCGGGACGAGAGUGUCGUCGUGGCCGGAGCACAGGAUUCCAUGAUCAUCGAGGUUCGCUGCUCCAAAUCGGCGAUCUGAGCGUCCGCUAUGCCGCGAAGGAGGCAGCAGAGGCAUCGUCCCAUAGGCGAGGACACCCGCAUCGCGGUGAACCUGACGGUGAAGAAGCUGCUGGACGCCCCGGACCAGAAGGAGCUGGAGUUCCCGUCGUCGUACACGGCGGAGGAGCGGGCGUACAUCCACGAGCUCGCCAGGGAGCUCGGCCUGAAGUCCAAAAGCCGGGGGAAGGGCAUGAAUCGAUUUCUGACGGUGUACAAGAGGGAGGGUUCGACGAUAGUCCAAGCCGACGCCGUGAUAAAGCUGCAGAAACCCUCGAAGCAGGCUAUAUACAAUCUGAUGCAGACCUUCCCGUUGAACCACAAGGAAUGCCAAGACCUGCUGCCUCCGAUCGAGAGGGAGCGGCCGCUCAAUAACGAUGUAAAUACAAACACCAAGGCGAUGGGCAGACUGAACAACAGCAUACCACAGGUACCUCAGCUGAAGACCAAUUUCGAGGUGCUGAACUUUCGCAAGUCUCUGCCGAUCUUCAGCGCGAGGGAGGAGAUUCUCGGCGCGCUGAGCAGCCAUCAGGUGGUGAUAAUCGCGGGCGAGACGGGAUGCGGCAAGACCACGCAGGUGCCGCAGUACAUUUUGGAACACUGUCAGCAGAAGCAUCAGGCCUGCAGGAUUAUCUGCACCCAGCCUAGGCGCCUGUCGGCGGUGUCGGUGGCCGAGAGGGUGGCGUUCGAGAGGGACGAGAAGAUCGGCCAGACCUUCGGCUAUCAGAUAAGACUGGAGAGCAGAGUGGCUCCCAAAACUCUCCUGACGUACUGCACGAACGGGGUGUUGCUUAGGACUUUGAUGGGCGGCGACUCCGCCUUGACCACGCUCACGCAUAUCAUCGUCGACGAGGUUCACGAACGGGACAGAUUCUGCGACUUCCUGCUGAUAGCCUUGAAGGACGCUCUGGUGAAAUAUCGUUCCUUGAAACUGAUACUGAUGAGCGCCACGAUGGACACCACGAUCUUCACCAAGUAUUUCAACAAGUGCGUCGUCAUCAACGUACCCGGCCGGUCGUUCGACGUCGACGUGUACUUUCUGGAGGACGUCUUGAAGAUGACCGGUUACAUGACGAAGGAGAUGCUCGUGAAGAAGAAGGAAUUCUUGAAGUGGAAAGACAAGCAGAAGACCCUGGAGUCCUGGAAGCAGUACAAGCCCCAGCACACGAGCAGAAGCACCAAGAGCGAGAAGAGCCUGCUGCCCGCUCCGAUUCUGGCCCAGCAGAGCGAUCCUAUACCGGAGAAGGUCAAGCUGGAGCCCUGGCUGAUAGAAGAGAUGGACAAGAGUAUUUUCGACGCGUGGGUAAACGGCAGAGAGGACAAUUUCGCGCAGCUUUUACAUUUUAUACUGUCCGAAAACGUUUCUGUAGAUUACCAGCAUUCGGAGACCUUUAUAACGCCGCUGAUGGCCGCCGCGGCCAGAGGCUGCAUAAACACGACCGAGCAACUCCUGAAUCUGGGCGCGAAUCUCAACUUGAGAUCCGCCAACGAUUGGACGGCGCUGGAUUGGGCCAAGAACAGGAGCCACACCGAGUCUGCCGAACUAAUCGAGGCGUACAUGAAGACUUACGACUGCGCGGUGCCGAGUAACGAACUUGCGCACGUCGGCGAGACGUCGCUCUCCGAAGAGGACAAGCUGCUGCUCGACAUAUACCAUCAUACGUUUAACGACGACAAUAUCGAUUACGAUCUGCUGUUGGAGCUGAUCUUUUACGUCCACGUUAAACUCCCCGCCGGCUCCAUUUUAAUCUUUCUCCCAGGGUACGACGACAUAGUCACGAUGAAGGAGAGGAUAAACGCGGACGACAAGAAGAUGAACCAGGGCUUGCGUUACAACCUGUACGUUCUUCACUCGAACAUGCAGACUUGCGAUCAGAAGAAGGUGUUCAAGCCCAGUCCUCAGGGCACGCGGAAGAUAAUCCUUUCUACGAAUAUAGCGGAGACUAGCAUCACGAUCGACGACGUGGUGUACGUUAUUGAUUCGGGGAAGGUCAAGGAGAAGUCUUUCGACACUUUGUCAAACGUGUGCACGCUGACGUCCAACUGGAUAUCGCAGGCCUGCGCGAAGCAACGGCGAGGUAGAGCGGGUAGAUGUAGAAGAGGGGUCUGCUACCGUCUGUUCUCUUCAGUUCGAUACGAUAACAUGCAGCCUUACCAGACGCCCGAAAUCCUGCGACUACCGCUGCAGGAGCUCUGCCUGUAUACGAAACAUUUAACGUCGGGAAACACACCAAUAGCCGAAUUUCUGGACAAAGCCCUGGAGCCGCCGUCCAACAUGGUGACCAGGAACGCGGUGCAAUUAUUGAAGACAAUCGACGCGCUGGACCCGUGGGAGGACCUGACCGAAUUGGGGAGUCAUUUGCUAGAUCUGCCAAUCGAACCGAGACUCGGGAAGAUGUUGCUCUACGCCGUCGUCCUCAAGUGUCUGGAUCCAAUUUUAACGAUAGUUUGUAGUUUAGCGUACAAAGAUCCCUUUAUAUUGCCGUCGCAACCGUCGCAAAAGAGAGCCUUGACCGCGGCGCGAAAAAAGUUCGCCACCGGGACGUUUUCGGAUCAUAUGGUGGUCCUGAGGGCGUUUCAAGGCUGGCAGAACGCCAGAGCGAGCGGCAAGGAGCGCGCCUUCUGCGAGAAGAAUUUCAUCUCCGCCCCCGUGAUGGAGAUGGUAGUUGGGAUGCGCACGCAGCUCCUCGGCCAGUUGCGCGCGUCCGGCUUCGUCAGGGCCAGAAGUCCCGGGGACAUUCGGGACUUGAAUUCCAAUUCGGAGAAUUGGGCGGUCGUGAAGGCGGCCCUGACCGCGGGCUUGUAUCCAAACUUGAUUCGGGUUGACCGAGAGCAUAUGCAGCUGCGAACACAGAAAGAGGUCAAGGUGUUCUUCCACCCCUCGUCGACUUUGAGAGAUUAUCCAAAGUCCUCGAGGAUGACGUCUGCGCAAACGCAUGCGACCAACGUGCAAACCUUGCCGUGCGAUUGGUUGCUUUAUGAGGAGAUGACCCGUACAGGACGUUUCUGCCACGUGAAAGUCGUCACGGUCGUUAAUCCGUUAACUGUAGCGUUAUUCAGCGGACCAGCUAGAUUACCGAUGGACGUCAUCUACGAAGCCGAGGCUGUGCCGGAGAGCGAGUCGGAUUCCGAGGUUGACGAAUCCCACGAAGGAACCAUUUUUAAACUCGAUGAUUGGGUAGUGUUCAAGCUCGAUCCCGAAACGGCCCAACUCUUCUUACAUUUGCGGCAGAAGUGGAACGCCUUGUUCCUCAGGCGCAUGAAGGCACCGAACAAGGCAAUGUCAGCCUUGGACGAGAAGGUCGUUAACGCUUUGGUGACUGUAAUCACGAAUGAGGAGCAGGCGUGUGGCCUCCAGCAGCCCACUGGUAUCGGCCAACGUCCGCGUCCGUUAAUCGUCGAUUAUUAUCCCGCAAACGUUAGAAGAGACGAUUACCCGGAGAGAUAUUUCUAAAGCAAGAGGAGGAAAUGUAGUCUAUUGUCGUGUACAAUCUGCGGUCUGUGUUUCUCUGGUCACUAAUUUCAACGACCGAUCACUGUAUCCAUAAUGCUGUAGCUAAAUGACCUUUGUUGAUAACGGAUAUUUGUAACGAGAUACUAGUAUAGUAUUUAUGGAUAUUUAUUGAAUGUAUGAAUGUUGCAUAUAUAUAAAUAUUAUAUACAUUCUAAUUUGCAGUAUUGACAAAGACUGUUAUAAUAAGUUUUUGAAUAAUACUCAUAUAACAUUUGUGAUCCUCUUUGCAGAGCCUGCGUUAAACUAGCAACGUUCGAUUAAGUUUUACCAUGAUAUUUUAACUUCUACGAUAGGGUAUUCUUUUACUUUUCAGUACUAAAGCACUGAAGAAUACUGACGAAAGCUGAUAUCAAUCGUCAUCAAGGUCGAUAUAUAUAUCUUUCCGCGAUAGGUCCGUUCCAUCAGAGUAAAAUUAUUGUAAAUCUAUCGGACGUCAAAUUAUCGUUUGACGGUCAUAUGUCAUUAACAUGGAAAAUGGGUUUUAAUCUGAUCCUUUUAAUCCGGAAGUAUGUAAAUAGGCCUUAAACCUGCGUAUCUUAUAAAAAUAUGUGAUAUAUUGCAUAGGCACUAAACUCUAACUUAACUACCUUUUGUACUAUGUAUAGUGGUAUUAAGUACUCUCUUGAUAUGUAGCUAGUGUAAAUCGAGUAGCCGGCUGCAUAGAGAGCGAGCGAGGGAGGAAUAAUUCGUCAUUGUCAUGCGCCACUUGGCAAAGUUUUUCUUGCAGUAUUCUACAUAGAGGUUACGAUUAUUGUUUAAUACAUAUUGUUUCAGGAACAGACUGAGAAUUUUGUACAUCUUUGACAUGUGUACACGUCAAUUUGUGUACACUUACUAUUGGCAGCUAUUGGACACUUGCUUUACAUUUAGUCGACACCGAUUAAAGUAUGAACCUUUUAAUAUACGUAUAUUGAUAAAGAGUCACGCGUGAUUCACAAAAUCUCGGUAGCGUUUUAUUUUGUUUUCAUUUCGUAAUUGUAUAGCGUUAUAAUUCCUAGCGAUUACACGGCUAAUCCAGACCUUCACCAACGUCGUUUGAUCUUAGCUUGCGGCCCGGUUUCACCAAUAUCGCUUAAUUUUAAGUUUAGUUUAAUUCGUUCGUUGUCCCUUUCCAACUUUAGGCCCGAUUUCAACAACGUUGUUUAACUUUAAGCUUGGCUUCAUUCGUUCUUUGUCUCUUUCCAACUGUUGAACUAGAAAAAGACAAACAAGAAUUGAACCAAGAUUGAAGUUAAGGCGUUUGGUGCAACCGGGCCUAAAUCAUCUUUUGCCUCUUUGCACGGGGACAGUUGGACGACGCUGGUGUAAACAAGUAAACGCAAAUAACGAAGCUGUAGACGGGGCACCACAGGGCGAGCUUUAAGCCAAUUGUAAUACUGGUCGAUGUGAUAACGAAACUUGCGUAUAAUAAAAGCUAGCGGAGAAAAGA